AUGAAGAAUCGAACGACUGCUGGCAGAUUCACCGAUGACAAUGAAGUGAAAACGAAUCAUACUCGAUGUUUAUGUCUUUAUGGUUUGAUCUAUGAAACAGAACAAUCAGUGGGCGUUGCCGAGAAUAAUAUGAAAGCAGUGGGCGUUGACGAGAAUAAUAUGAAAGCAGUGGGCGUUGCCGAGAAUAUCAUGAAAGCAGUGGGCGUUACAACAAUACACAAUGGAAGCUGA